GACUCUGGCAAUCUGUUGUAUGGCGUCAUGAUAUUUUAGUUCUUGGGUAAGGACCAUGGUGGCGCUGUUGUUCCUAUGUUCAUUACAUAUUAAUUUCGUAGCUAGCAGUCCAGGUUUCUAUAGUCAAAGAUCGGGUUAGAGUCGAAACUCUGAGCAACUCAACCCCAGUCAUCGGGUUAGGAAUCUGAACACACCCCUGUGGCUUCUUAACGUGGCAUCUACAUCCACCAUUGGAUUCGAGCUGCUACGCAUGCGCACGAAGUCUCCUGUAGCAGACGAUUCCUUGCAAGCCAUCACUGAUCUCUCUGUCUUCUUGAUACAUGCUUCUAAGCAGUGUAAGCAUGGUCUUCGUCUAAACGAAGGUUAUGGUUAUGAUUGCGUGUGCUAAGUUAAUAAAUGAAUAAUGUAAUGUCACACCCUAGAGUUUGGCGGUAUGGUAUACCGUUUAUGAUUUUUAUCAUCGGCGGAUCGUUUGGCCUCCGAGAAUUUACAGAAUUACGUUAUAGGUACAAACGUACGAAUGAAUAUAAAAUACGCGAGGAAUUAGAGAAGCAAGGAAUUCAAAUGAGAGAACCGGAAGAAAUUACUUUAGAAAAAGAAUACGAAAAGUUGCAGGAGGUGGAUUUGGAUAAUUGGGAGAAUGUUCGGAUACAGAGACCAUGGGACGAAUCAGAAAAUACAACAGCUUAAGUAUGAAUGAAACUAUUUUGGCUUAUGUGCUCACAAUAUAAUUAGCAGAGACGACAUAUGAUUAAUUCGUCAGUCUUUAAAAUAAAUAUAAUACAUUCACUUUUUAAUCACAUGAACAUUUGUUAUUUUUCAGUAACCUAUUUGAAUUUUUAUCUUGUUGAAAAAAAAUUUAAUAACAAUAAAUAACAAUUUUCUGAUGUAUAUUAAGAUGUACAUGAACAUUGUUAUAGUUUUAGAAGAAUAUUUGAAGCUUAUAAGUGGCUGUAAUGCAACGUAUCAGAAAAUAAGCAUAUAUGUAUUUUUAACAAAUAUUUUAUAAUAUAUUGUAUAAUACGUUGUAUAAACUGUUAAUUUGUUAGCCAACUAAAUAAAACUCCUUUUAUAAAU